GUUUCAGGCUUCAGAAUCAUUCCGGACUCAAUCACAAAGGUAACCGCUGCAGCGUGGAGGGGAACCGCGCACAGGAGUCGGGCUCCGCGGACAGAAAGCGAGCAAAAAAGACUCUUGUCGUAAGAUGAGUGGAGACGAGGCGGAGGAGCUGCUGGAGGAAGAGGAGGUGAUCGGGCCCGUGCAGAUCGUGGUGGCAGAUGAAGACGAGCACCAGUUCUCCCUGGACGAGCAGGCGCUGGAGCGUAUCCUGCUGCAGGAGCACAUCCGCGAUCUCAACGUGGUGGUGGUGUCGGUCGCCGGCGCCUUCCGCAAGGGCAAGUCCUUCCUGCUGGAUUUCAUGCUUCGAUACAUGUACCAGCAGAAAUCAUCCACAUGGCUCGGAGGAAACGAUGAGCCCUUGACUGGCUUUACCUGGCGCGGAGGCUGUGAGAGGGAGACCACAGGAAUCCUGGCCUGGAGCGAAGUAUUUGUGGUUGAGAAACCGGACGGGACCAAGGUGGCAGUGCUUCUCAUAGACACACAGGGAGCCUUCGACAGUCAGUCCACCAUUAAAGACUGUGCCACGCUCUUCGCCCUCAGCACCAUGACCAGCUCUGUUCAGGUUUACAAUUUAUCUCAGAAUGUACAAGAGGAUGAUCUUCAGCAUCUCCAACUUUUUACGGAGUACGGAAGACUUGCAAUGGAGGAGAUCUACUUAAAACCGUUUCAGUCACUAAUGUUCCUCAUAAGAGACUGGAGUUAUCCAUACGAACACACUUAUGGCCUGGAAGGGGGGAAAGCAUUUCUAGAGAAAAGACUGCAAGUGAAGCAAAACCAACACGAAGAGCUACAGAACGUCCGGAAGCACAUCCACUCCUGUUUCUCUAACAUCAGCUGCUUCUUACUUCCUCAUCCUGGUCUCAAAGUGGCCACAAACCCUCAUUUCGAUGGCCGAUUGAGAGAUAUCGAUCCUGAUUUUAAAAAGGAGCUGUUCAAUCUCAUCCCACUGCUGUUAGCUCCAGAGAACCUGGUGGAGAAGGAAAUUAGUGGUUCCAAAGUGACGUGUAGAGAUCUUGUGCAGUAUUUCAAAGCUUAUAUGAAAAUAUAUCAAGGAGAAGAACUACCACAUCCAAAGUCCAUGCUGCAGGCAACAGCUGAAGCUAACAAUCUUGCAGCAGUUGCAGGAGCAAAGGACACUUACAUCAAGAGCAUGGAGCAGGUGUGUGGAGGAGACAAGCCCUACAUCGCCCCGGCCGAUUUGGAGCGCAGCCACGAGGAGCUGAAGCAGAGCUCCAUACGGCAGUUCCGCACCAUCAAGAAGAUGGGAGGCGAGGAGUUCUGCCGGCAUUACCAGGAGCAGCUUGAGGCCGAGCUGGACGAGGCUUAUAGCAACUUCGUCAAGCACAACGACGGAAAGAACAUUUUCUAUGCAGCACGCACGCCGGCCACGCUCUUCACCCUCAUGUUCGCCAUGUACGUGGUGUCGCUAGUGACGGGCUUCGUGGGCAUAAACUCUGUGGCAACGCUUUGCAAUCUGAUUAUGGGCGUGGCUCUGGUGGCUCUGUGCACCUGGGCAUAUGUCAAAUACUCAGGGGAGUUCCGUGAGGUGGGCAGCGUCAUUGACCAGGUGGCAGAAACUCUCUGGGAGCAGAGGACUCCGAGGAAGGUGUUUUGCAAGCUUUUCGAAGUUGCCAGGAACAAAGUGACGCGGAACACGCCGGUAGCCGCUCAGCGAAACAGACUGCCGUCGAACAACAACGUGAAGAAGAAAAACUAGCCCCCGCCCCCUCCCCCCACCCACUCUUUCAUAAACUCCUCCUUUUUAGGACCUGCUCAGCCCUGACGCGCUCGGGCGUGAGAACAAACCGCUAUGUGUAUGCGGGUCUGUAGAAUGCAGGAUGGCACUUUGAUCGUCUAGACGUCCUUCAUUUCAUCAUGCAGACAUGAGGACUGAACUGUGUUUUUUUUUUUUUUUUUUUUUUUCUUUUCUUAAUCUCUUUUCUCUCUUAAUGCAUUAUCAAUGUUCUAUUUGACGGUCAUGUUUGUGUACGUGCUGUCAUUCCUUUCACGUUUUUCUUUCCAUUCUUUAUCAUUCCUGUGUAUUUUUCUUUUCUUUUCCUUUGUGUUUUUUUUUUUUUUUUUUAUUUAUUUUUUUGCUUUGUUUCUCUCUGCUCAGGUGUUGCAGCGUUUCUGGUGAUCUGCUUUAAUUCAGGCUGAACUCUAUCCAAGCGAGCGUAGUUACCCUUCAAACCGACGCUGCACCAAUCACGGAGCCAAAGUUUACACCAUCCUUAGUGCGCGCACACACACACACACACACACACACACACACACACACACACACACACACUUUUAGCACUUCAGACGUUAGCAUUCCAGUGGAAGACUUUCGCCUUGUGGCUCAGGAAAGGUUCUCUCGUUAACCAUGCUAACGAGGUGGUUAUAUAAACGUUCCAUCCUGGCAACAAUGGCACACGUUAUAUACUGUAAUUAACUGAAAAACACGUCACUUAAAGGUGACGCUCAUAAUGUGAUAAAGGAACUUGAAGGAUCCUAAAGGAACCAGGCGCUGUCGAAAGAUUUUAAUCGCACAUAUCGUUUUUUUGUGGCUCAUGUUGUUUAAAUAAACACGACACUGCAUUUUA